AUGCUCCCGCUAUCAGCCAGACUUGCAUCCCGUGCAACCCCUCGCGCUUCAGCAUUCUUCCGUUCAUCCGGAAUCCUAGCUCAGCAGUCUCUCCGUGCCAAAGCUACAGCUUCCACCAAGACCAAGAUGUCGGCCUCUGGAACUUCUUCAGGUCACCCUAUUGCUACUCUCGAUGUAUGCUUAGCUGUGUGA